AUGGCAAGCGCAGGAAGCGUAUUUAGCCAGUUCUUGGCGGCGAAGAAUGGUAGAGCAAGAGCGGACUCAGUUAAAGAAGCGAUUGGGAUUGCACCAGCAAACCCCGCACCACCAUUCAUGGCACCGCCGCAGCAGAAUCAAGCCCCGGAGCAGUUCUUUCCACCAAUGCAGGAGCCGGCGGCUGAAAGAGAAUUUCGACCACCACAAAACUAUGGAUACAAGAUCCCAAGUGUUAAGGACAUGAAGUUACCAAUUGAACGUUUCACGGGCAAGGAAGAAUAUCCAGAGCUAAGAUCUGGAUUUAAGGACUGGGGUCUGCAGUUUCUAGACGAGCUCGUUGCGGCACAGCUUGUCAGUGGGUAUGAUUGGCCAGAAGAAUUCAAGCUGAGAACAUCUAACCGGUACCUGGAUGGCUAA